GAAGCAGCCUCGGGCUGAGGUUUAAACCAGUUUUGGAUAGCCUUGGAGAACAGAAAAAGCAUUCAGUGCUCAACUGGAAGGAGAUAUCGUGUGGAUUCUUGGUGGGGUUCGAAUGUGGAAGUUGUCGCAGAUAAGGUCGCUGCUGAUGUUGCUGCGAGAGAAUGCCUUGAUUAGCACCAUUCAGUGAUGGGCUGUGGGACAAGCAAAGUGCUUCCCGAGCCCCCCAAGGAUGUUCAGCUAGAUCUGGUUAAGAAGGUAGAGCCUUAUACUGCUCAUAACAAUGACAUGUACAAACACUUCAUCAAGGACGAUGGCGGGACUCCUGUCAAAGCUGGCUCUCCUUCCCCUCCUCGGCACACCAACCCCUAUCCCAGUGGCCACCUGCCUAUGCACUUGGAGCAGCCUGAGACCCGCAAGAACAAGGUGGCAAAGUACCGUGCCAAAUUUGACCCCAGAGUGACAGCCAAGUAUGACAUCAAAGCCCUGAUUGGUCGAGGAAGCUUUAGCCGUGUUGUGCGAGUGGAACAUAAGGCUACUAAGCAACCCUAUGCAAUCAAGAUGAUAGAGACCAAGUACCGGGAAGGGAGGGAAGUGUGUGAGUCAGAGCUUAGCGUCUUGCGACGUGUCCGGCACACAAAUAUCAUCCAACUCAUUGAGGUGUUUGAGACCCAGGAUCGGGUCUACAUGGUGAUGGAGUUGGCCACAGGAGGGGAACUGUUUGAUCGAAUCAUUGCCAAAGGUUCUUUCACUGAGAGAGAUGCUACCCGUGUGUUGCAGAUGGUAUUGGAUGGAGUCAAGUACUUGCAUACACUGGGCAUCACGCAUCGGGACUUAAAACCAGAGAAUUUGCUGUAUUACCAUCCUGGAACAGAUUCAAAAAUCAUGAUCACAGACUUUGGGUUGGCAAGUGCCCGGAAGAAAGGAGAUGACUGUCUAAUGAAGACUACAUGUGGGACACCAGAGUACAUUGCCCCAGAGAUCUUAGUCCGGAAACCGUAUACCAAUUCUGUCGACAUGUGGGCACUGGGUGUGAUCUCUUAUAUCCUCCUGAGCGGGACUAUGCCAUUUGAGGAUGACAACCGUACCCGCUUGUACCGGCAGAUCCUGAAAGGAAAGUACAGUUACUCAGGGGAGCCCUGGCCCAGUGUAUCCAAUCUAGCCAAGGACUUUAUUGAUCGCUUGCUCACCGUGGAUCCCAGUGACAGGAUGACAGCCCUUCAAGCCUUGAAGCAUCCAUGGGUGGUCAGCAUGGCAGCCUCUUCAUCCAUGAAGAACUUGCACCGCUCCAUCUCUCAGAACCUCCUCAAGCGGGCGUCCUCUCGCUGCCAAAGCACCAAGUCUGCCCAGUCCACCCGCUCUAGCCGCUCCACCAAAUCCAAUAAGUCACGGCGUGUGCGAGAACGGGAGCUCCGGGAGCUCAACCUACGCUACCAGCAGCAAUACAAUGGCUGAGAACUUUGCAAUGAACAGCCAGAAGUCUUCCCAGAUGCACUUCCCCUGGCAUGGGUGUGCAGCAAUCUACACCUCGCACUUGGUGUGGAGAACACCAGGGCUCCUCGCUCUCCUCCUCCAGGAGUGACCCUCUGUGCCCACUGAGCAUGGAGGAGAUAGGGCUUUCUGGUGGCCACUGCAUCCCUGUCACCACCCCUGAGUGCUUCUUGCUCAGGUGGAUUGUGUUACAGAGCCAAAUGCAGAAAGUGGAGUUGUGAGAACCUUCCCUGUACUCAGUCAGGAACAGAGAAGGUCAAAGUCCAAGUGCCUUGAGCAGUGAGUAAUAAAGGAGCCACUUAAGAAGAGUCCCCUCCUUAACCCAGGA